AUGGCUGCAUCUCACCAAAAGAUUUCCUUCGCCGUUAUCGGCGUUGGUCUCAUCGGCCCACGUCACGCCAGAACUGUCAUCCAAAACCCCGAAACCACUCUCGUCGCCAUCGUCGACCCAGCACCAGCCGGCAGGGAACUGGCAACCGAGCUGAACGUUGCUCAUUAUGCGUCCGUCGACGACCUUGUACAAUCUCCCCACCCUCCCGAGGCCGCCAUCGUCUGCACCCCGAACCACACCCACGUCAAAAUCACCAAGCAGCUGGCUUCUCACGGCCUCCAUCCACUCAUUGAGAAGCCGAUUAGUUCCGACCUUCCGAGCGGCCUCGACCUGUUGGACCACCUGAAGCAGACAGGCGUCAAGGCUCUCGUGGGACACCACCGUCGCUUCAACCCUUACAUUUAUGCCGCAAAAUCCAGUCUGGACGCCGGAAGCGUAGGCAAGAUCAUCGCCGUCAACGGUGUUUGGGCCUUGUACAAGCCAGACGAGUACUUCGAAGGUCCCGGCGCCUGGAGAAAGGGCAAAGACGGCGGCGUCAUCCUCAUCAACAUGAUCCACGAAGUUGACAUCCUCCACUAUCUUCUUGGGCCUAUUGUCAGAGUUCAUGCCGAGAAAACAAUGUCAGAGAGAGGCCACGAGGCGGAGGAGGGAGCUGCACUCACUCUUCGUUUCAAAUCCGGUGUUGUCGGUUCUUUCCUAAUCUCUGACAACACCCCAUCGCCAUUCAACUUUGAGGCCGGCACUGGCGAGAAUCCUCUCAUCCCACAGACACGCGGCACGUUCUACCAGGUAUUUGGAGCCAAUGGUACUCUCAGCGUCCCCGACAUGGCCCUCUGGACAUACGAAGACAAGAAAUCGUGGCACUCCAACAUGGCUACGCAUACCAUUGACGUGGGCAAAGGUGUCCCCUUCGAAAUGCAGCUGAGUCAUUUCUGCCAAUACAUCCGGGGUGAAGUAGCUCCGAGUUGCACGCCACAAGCUGGUCUUGCCGCAUUGAUCGUUUGCGAUGCCAUCAAGCAGUCGCUGGAGUCAAACACCACAGUUGAUAUCCCGGAGUACGAGCUGUGA